UCUUCUUCUUCCUCUUCUCUUCUCUCACACACUUUGUUAGACGUCGAAACAACGCUGUCUAAAUCACAUCAUCGAUUCUGAUUCUUAUAUAUAUAUUUUUUUUUCUUUUCUUCAUGGAUUUGUCUUAGGCAAUAAGGGUUUUAUCAUCCUCAAAACCAAAAUCCUCAAAAACACUCUCGGGACUAGUUGGUUCUUUCGAUUCAAUCAGACCGGUUGAAUGGCGUCUGUGAACCCGUUCGAUCUGUUGGACGAUGACGCCGAGGAUCUCAACCAGCUCGUGGCUAAGCCAUUGAAGGUUGAGAAAGCCGCUCCGGUUCAGUCUGCUAAGUUUCCGACUAAACCGGCUCCUCCUUCUCAAGCUGUAAAGGAGGGCAAGAACGCUCCUCGCGGUGGUGAUGUAAGACGUGGUGGUUCAAAUCGUGGGAGAGGUAGUGGAUACAACAGGGAAUCCAGAAACAAUGAUGCUCCUCCUGCAAACGGAAACGGAUAUGGUGGAGGAUACGGACGCUCGGAAGAUGGAGAUGGAGCGAGACGUGGUGGGCCUGCUGGUGGACGCUUUGGCCGUGGGGGUCGCCGUGGAGGCUUCAGCAAUGGAGAUUCCGGUGACUUUGAACACCCACGCAGGAACCGACAUAGUGGAACAGGUCAAGGAAAUGAGUUUAAACGUGAUGGAGCUGGUCGUGGCAAUUGGGGAACCACUGAGGAUGAAAUUACUCCGGUGACUGAAGAAUCCACAACAGUGGUGGAGAAGAAUUUGGCUGUUGAGAAGCUAGGUGGUGAAGAUGAAGCAAACAAAGAUACACCUGUUAAAGAGAAAGCAGAGGAAGAGCCCGAGGACAAGAGUAUGACUCUCGAAGAGUAUGAGAAGGUUUUGGAGGAGAAGAGACAAGCCCUACAGGCGACCAAGGUUGAGGAGAGGAAGGUUGACACAAAGGCAUUUGAGACCAUGCAACAGAUCUCAAGCAAAAAGAGCAAUAACGAUGAUGUCUUUAUCAAACUGGGAACAGAGAAGGACAAGCGCACAACCGAGAAAGAAGAGAAGACCAAGAAGUCAUUGAGCAUAAAUGAGUUCCUCAAACCAGCGGAUGGAGAGAGAACCUACUGGAGAGGUGGUUACCGCAGUGAAAGAGUACGCAGUGAAAGAGAAGGUCGUGGAGAUCAAGGCCCAAGAGGAGGUCGUGGAGAUCACGGCCCAAGAGGAGGUCGUGGAGAUCACGGCCCAAGAGGAGGAGCUGUAGGAGUUGGAAGAGGAAAGCCGAGGCACGAAGAGGCUGCUGCACCAGCAAUUGGAGACACCGCACUGUUCCCUACUUUGGGCAAGUAAGGCUCUCCGGUUGGUUCUUCCGCAUCCGUCUUAGACUCUUUUCUUCUUUUGUAAUCUCUCUCUCUCAGUUCGGAUUUUUUUCUUUUAUUCUAUUGUUAUUGUUACUCUCUCCCUUGAGAGAGCUCGAGGCUUUUUUUCUUCUACGUAUUCAAGUUUAAGAGUUUUUUAAUAGUUGAAAUGAGGCUUCCAUUCUCCAAGUUUGCUUGUAUUUUUUAAAGUCUAGUUUAUACUUUGUUCUACAAACCC